UAGGUUCUAGUUCAUGUUUACUUAUUUAUCUGCCUGUGGGUUGUCUGAUUGGUUUGUCUGCACCCUGUUGGAAACACCACCUGGGUUCUUAAGGAGAAGCAGAUCAGUUUGCGCUCAACAGGGUUUGCAGAAAAAUCCUCUGGCUCAACUGUGAAAAGACACCUGCUCUACGGUCUUUUUAAAUUUAUUUUCCAGCGAAUGUUUGCUCUCAUGGCAGGAAUCUCCUGAAUGGACAUCAACAACAAUCUUUUUUAAGUUCUUGCAACAAUACUUGGCUCAACUUGUGUGGAGACUUUGACUCCACCGACUCCCUAAAUGCCUUUCUCUGAGAAAAGGUGGUGGACAUUAUUUGCUUUGAAUGUGUACAAGCAACAAAUUACUUGAUAAAGAUGGGUAAUAAGCAAACAAUAUUCACAGAUGAGCAACUUGAUGCUUAUCAGGACUGCACAUUUUUCACUCGCAAAGAAAUUUUGCGGUUGCACAGCAGAUAUCAUGAGUUGGCUCCACAUCUUGUACCAAUGGACUACACCAAUGAACCGGAUUGUAAACUGCCUUUAGCGCUGAUUGUUGACAUGCCAGAAUUAAAGGAAAACCCAUUCCGCAAUCGGAUUGUGGAGUCAUUCUCCGAGGAUGGGAUGGGGAACCUCAGUUUCAAUGAAUUUGUAGAUAUGUUCUCAGUCCUCAGUGAAAUGGCUCCAAGAGAACUUAAAGCCAUAUAUGCCUUUAAGAUAUAUGAUUACAACGUGGAUAAUUACCUGUGCAAGGAGGAUCUUGAGAAGACUUUAAAUAAGCUGACAAAGGAGGAAUUGACUCCUGAGGAGGUUGAAUUGGUGUGUGAGAAAGCCAUUGAGGAGGCAGAUUUGGAUGGAGACAAUAAACUCUCCUACGCUGACUUUGAAAACAUGAUAACCAGGGCUCCAGAUUUUUUAAGCACCUUUCAUAUCCGUAUCUGAGAUGGAUCAUUUGACCGUUUUGAUGUCAGCAGCUUCAUAAACCUGGGGACUGAACCAGAGCUAUCCCCACCACAUCACUACUCUGAUCUUCAGUUAGACAUAAACUCUUCUUAAUGUGGCCUUAUCUAAAGAAAACCUGCAAUCCCAAAUUUAGGGUAAAAGUAUACAGUUGCUGGGCGUGCCGUGGUGGCGUAGGGGUUAG